AUGCUGCUGUGCUCGGCCCGGUUACCAGCACCGCCUCCGGCCCGGCCCCCGGCGCCUGCGGGAGAAACGGGCGUCAGGCUGCGAGGGCCCGUGGCCCCGAAUCGGUCCUGCCCCCGGGGAGGCGGCACCAGCGCGGGGAUGCGCCCUGUGCCCGGCCCGGCGGGGUUCCUCUCGGGGCUGGAAACGGAUCGAGCUUCACCUCUGCAGCGCUGUGAAAAAAGAAAAACGCCCGUGCAUGGAGGAAGCAAAACAGUUUAUCAUCUGGCACAGGUGUGCUGCAAGAGACUGCCUGGAAGGUGCUUGCCCAAAGACCCUGCCCGUGGGCUGGAGAGAGAAGGAGGGAAGGAUGAUCAGAUCGCAUGGGGUGUGGAGCAGAACCAUAAACUCACUAACCGAGGCCAUGGUUUGUUCUAUGCUCCUGUUCUUCGCGUGCUGAGUGAAUUAAGUGAUCACAUGGAAAAUAUUUGUGGCUACUUAAUGAAGUACACCAAUCUCGUCACUGGUUGGCAAUAUCGGUUUUUCGUUCUAAACAAUGAUGCUGGCCUGCUGGAGUACUUUGUGAAUGAGCAGUCUAGAUACCUGAAGCCCAGGGGCACGUUGCAGCUAGCAGGAGCUGUAAUUUCACCCAGUGAUGAAGACUCGCACACCUUUACAGUCAAUGCUGCCAGUGGGGAGCAGUAUAAGCUAAGAGCUACUGAUGCUAAAGAACGACAGCACUGGGUUAGCAGGCUGCAGAUAUGCACACAGCAUCACACAGAAGCUAUUGGGAAGAACAACCCUCCUCUGAAAUCUCGCAGCUUCUCUCUCGCAUCCCAAGGAAGCAUCAACUCUCCAGGGCUGCAAAGAAGACCCAGCCAAAAUGCAGUUUCCUUUUUCAACGUUGGGCAUCACAGAUUGCCUGCUGGAAAAAGAGGUCCUAUUCUGCAGCCAGAUCACCUUGUAGAUGUCCGAGAGAUGAUGUCGCAGGCUGAGGGCCAGCAGAGAGACUUGAUCAGGAGCAUAGAAUGCCUUCCUGUCUCCGGUCACCUUACGUCCUUGGAUCAAGACCUAUUAAUGCUCAAAGCAACUUCCAUGGCAACCAUGAACUGCUUAAAUGACUGUUUCCAUAUUCUCCAGUUACAACACGCUUCACAACAAAAGGGAUCCUUACCAGCAGGAACGACGAUCAGUUGGUUGGAACCAAAGAUAUCCCUGUCAAACCACUUCAAAAAUGGGGCAGCUCAGAAUUUCCCAGCAGAGAUAAACAAGCCAGCAUCUGUCAGAGAGGAGCAGUCCAUUGCGGAGCCCUGCCAGCUAACAAGGGAACCUGAAGAAAUAAAUCCAGAUGAGGAGCUGGAGGACCUCUGUGAUGAUAAAGAAGAUGAUCUAGGAGGAGUGGAGGAGCAGCGCAGUGUUAUCUUGCAUCUCUUGUCUCAGCUGAAACUUGGCAUGGACUUAACAAGAGUGGUUCUUCCCACUUUUAUUUUAGAGAAGCGAUCGCUGUUGGAGAUGUAUGCGGACUUCAUGUCCCAUCCUGAUCUCUUCAUUGCCAUCACGAAUGGCAGCAGCCCUGAGGAGAGGAUGAUCCGCUUUGUGGAGUAUUAUCUCACUUCCUUUCAUGAAGGUCGCAAAGGAGCUAUUGCAAAGAAACCAUACAAUCCCAUCAUUGGGGAAACGUUUCACUGCUCCUGGAGGAUGCCCAAGAGUGAAGUAGCCACUGACGGCGGCAGUAACAUCUCUGCUCACUCCACCUCUGAGCAAAUAACUUUGUCUAAAGAUCUGGAAGGCCGAGCAGAGUCGGACUACUACACAGUAAAGUUUGUAGCCGAGCAAGUGUCCCACCACCCUCCUGUGUCAGGAUUUUAUGCUGAAUGUGUGGAGAGAAAGAUGUGUGUCAAUGCUCAUGUCUGGACAAAGAGUAAAUUUUUGGGAAUGUCAAUAGGGGUGACGAUGGUUGGUGAAGGUCUCCUAAGCCUCUUGGAACACGAGGAAGAAUACACGUUCUCUCUGCCCUGUGCGUAUGCUCGAUCAAUUUUGACUGUUCCCUGGGUAGAACUGGGAGGAAAAGUCAACAUAAACUGUGCAAAGACAGGAUAUUCUGCAAGUAUUAACUUCCACACCAAACCCUUCUAUGGUGGGAAAUUGCAUCGAGUCACAGGUGAAGUGAAGCAGAACAUGACCAACACAGUGGUGUGCAGAGUGCAAGGGGAGUGGAACAGCGUGCUUGAAUUCACCUACAGCAACGGGGAGACAAAAUAUGUGGACUUGACAAAAUUGUCGGUGACACGAAAACGAGUCCGGCCCAUUGAGAAGCAAGGACCAUUUGAAUCUAGGAGGCUGUGGCAACAUGUAACGGAGUCUCUGCGGGAUGGAGACAUCGAUAAAGCUACAGAGCACAAGCGGGCCCUUGAGGAACGACAGAGGAAUGAAGAAAGGCUUCGUGCUGAAACAGAAACUCCUUGGUGUACUAAAUACUUCAUUAAAGAAGGAGAUGGCUGGGUUUAUCAUAAACCCCUUUGGAGAGCAGUCUCUGCCGUGCAAACUCAGCAAACGGACGCUAACUAGAAAAGCUGCUUAAAGAUGAGUUUCCCAUUUCUGAUAUUCUUUUUCUGUCUCUCAAAAUGCAGUAAUCACACUGAGUGUCCCCUUUUUAUAUAAUAGCGAAAGCUUGAAUGAGCAUAAGGAAAUAAACUAGGGCACUUUAAAGCUAUUCAGAACAAGGUCGUAGAGACAUACUUGCCAGGUACACAUUCAACCAACUUUGUUUUUUUUGUAUGAUCCUGAAGAUUUUAUCUGACUUGUGUAAGAGUCUUCUAAGUAGGUCUGUCUGAUUGCAAAAGCUGCCUAAGAGAAAGAGAAACUGUUUGGUGUUCAGAGUGACAUGGGAACUUCUUUCUACAUCAAACUAUUUAAUGACUGAAGUAUGCUUGGUACCCAUGUAGAAAACAGCAACCAAAAAUUGCUGCUUUUAUGCCCAACGUUAGACCUUCGUUGGCAAAAACAAACUGGAGAGGUGCUUGGAAGAUGUGCCUGAAAUCAGUGUUAAGAAUCAACUGGAUCGUGGAAACUUCUUUCUUCAGAGAGAAAACGUGCAUGCACCGGAGGAAUAUGGAAUAUCUGUAGAGACUACCUUUCUUUUUUAUGGAUUUAUAAAAGUAAUUAGAAUCGUAACCAUGGAGAAAUUUUUCCUCUGAAACAUUUUAAUAUACUUGAAAUAUUUGACUUGAAUUGAAAAAGUAAUUUGAACACUUUUCAACUCCUAAUUUUAUUAAAUCUUUGAGUAACCUUUUUUUUCCUCCUGUUGUAAUGUAAUGAGGUUUGGCCUUUUCUCUUCCACCUUCCCUUCCAAGGACUGAGGCUUUCAAACAGAACAGAAAAUACACAAUUUUGUAUUUAAACUUCUCUACCCAUCUGAUCAUCGCAGAGGUGAAGUAUCAGUGUUACAAACUGUCCUUUGGAUUGUUUUGGUUUUUCUCCUGUGGUGUUAAUCAGAACAAAGCAGUGAAAUGUGACCUGUGAAUACAUGGACUGUAGGUUUUGGUUUUUUCAUCUUAAAUAUUAUUUAAAAAAAAAAAAGCUGAUAAUGCUGAAGACUGGGUAUUGAUUUGAAACACAAUCUGGUAUCAGGAAACUGUAUUCAGGUACAAACAUCCUUUGUUUUUUAUACCUAUUUUAUUGAAGUUAAAGAAUUGCUGGCAAUUAAGAUUAGUACUUAUUAUGGCUUUCGUUAUUGUUGUAACUACAAGCUACCUUAAUUUUUUCCAACAGUGGUGCCUUACUCUGUUUUUUCUUCUGAUGUAGUCUUCCAGUCAGUGUAUAUAACAUUAUCUGCCACCUCCCAGCCAUGGCAAUGGCUGCACCUGAUCCAUCCUCAUGGGAACUCACAGCUUUGUGAUCUGGUAAGAUGUUUUCUGUGGAGAACAUACAAAUGUAAGAGUGCAUCAGAAGGUUUAAAGCAUCAUGUCAACUUUCAACACAAACUGCAAAUUGUGCAAAAAAAGUUGGAUUUAUGCACAACUGUCUUGAUUGUUCUUGUUCUUUUUUUUUUUUUUUUUUUGCUGUGAAAUGCACUGAGAUCUCAAUGCGAGUCAUGGUCCCUUUGUGAGAAUUGGGGGUGGGGAUAAUAAAACUACAAAAUGAUUUGUUUGUUCUGUUUGCUUUACCUAGAGGUCAGGUGGCCAGGAAGAGUAGAUUGUUGUCUUUUAUACUGGAGAUCUGUCUGUCUGGGCUUUCUCUGGCUGUUAUAACAGGAUAUUUUGGCACUGUGCACUUCAGUAGUAACUGUAUUCUCCAGCAGAAGAAUGUGUUUCAGACCCUGCUGUCUUGUUUGUGAUAUUCUAUACAAUUACCCUGUCUUCAUUUUUGGAUACCUACUGGGCAUUUUCAUGUUCAACCAGGAAUAAAAAUAUGUAUGAAAGCA